AUACGUACUUCCGGCGCGCCGCGCGCCGCGCGCCGCUUGACACCAGCCUCCGUGUACCGGGGCCGCCUCGGACCGGCACGAUGGGCAAGAAGGGCAAGAAGGAGAAGAAGGGCCGCGGGGCGGAAAAGACGGCCGCCAAAAUGGAGAAGAAGGUGUCCAAGCGCUCACGGAAGGAGGAGGAAGACCUUGAAGCUCUCAUAGCCCAUUUCCAGACGCUAGAUGCCAAAAAGACUCAGAUCGUGGAGACGCCCUGCUCGCCCCCUUCACCAAGGUUAAAUGCCUCUCUCUCUGCUCAUCCUGAGAAAGAUGAAUUAAUCCUUUUCGGAGGUGAAUAUUUCAAUGGCCAAAAAAUGUUUUUAUAUAAUGAACUCUAUAUCUACAACAUCAGGAAGGACACCUGGACCAAGGUCGAAAUCCCCAGUCCACCUCCGAGGCGCUGUGCUCACCAGGCUGUGGUGGUGCCCCAAGGUGGUGGGCAGCUGUGGAUCUUUGGAGGGGAGUUUGCUUCUCCUGACGGAGAGCAGUUUUACCACUACAAGGAUCUCUGGGUUCUGCACUUAGCCACCAGGACCUGGGAGCAAGUCAGAUCACCAGGGGGUCCUUCAGGCCGGAGUGGACAUCGUAUGGUAGCCUGGAAGAGACAGUUAAUACUUUUUGGUGGUUUCCAUGAGAGUACAAGAGAUUACAUCUAUUACAAUGACGUGUAUGCCUUUGACCUGGACACAUUCACGUGGAGCAAGCUGUCCCCAUCGGGGACUGGGCCCACACCCAGAUCUGGCUGCCAAAUGUCUGUCACUCCCCAGGGCAGCAUUGUCAUCUAUGGGGGCUACUCAAAGCAGAGAGUCAAGAAAGAUGUGGACAAAGGCACCCAGCAUUCAGAUAUGUUCCUGCUGAAGUCCGAGGAAGGACGAGAAGUCACUGGGGGAGCAGGGACACUUGUGCCAUUGGCUGGUUCUUGCUACCCCUCCAUCCCUACAUCUUACCUCAGCUCCUGCUCUCCUGUGACAGGCAGAUGGGUGUGGACUCGGAUCAACCCUUCAGGCACCAAACCCACUCCCAGGUCUGGCUUUUCUGUGGCCAUGGCUCCAAACAGUCAAACGCUGCUCUUCGGGGGUGUCUGUGAUGAGGAAGAGGAGGAGAGCCUGGAGGGCGACUUCCUCAAUGACCUGUACUUCUACGAUGCCACCAAGAACCGCUGGUUUGCGGGACAGUUGAAGGGGCCCAAGGCAGAGAAGAGGAAGCGGAGGCGGGGCACAAAAGCAGAGCCUGAGGGAGCCAACGAGCAGGAAUGCGGGGAGGCCAGUGCCCAGGCGCCUCGAGAGGUGGUCAGAGAGGUGGUCACAGAGGACGGGACAGUGGUCACCAUUAAGCAGAUGCUCACGGCCCCAGGCCCAUCAAAACAGCCACCGCCGGAUGAGGACGAUAGCCCAGAGGAAGCAGGCGGCCCCUUGGUGGAGCCCCGCCCCCGCUCCAAUGCCAUGCUGGCCGUGAAGCAUGGCCGACUCUACCUCUUUGGGGGCAUGUUUGAGGCCGGUGAGCGCCAGGUCACCCUCAGCGACUUCUACUGCCUUGACCUGCAUAAAAUGGACCAGUGGACGGUCUUGGUGGAGGCGGAUCCAGAAACACAGGAGUGGCUGGAGGAGACCGACUCGGAGGACAGCGAUGCUGCUGAGGGCGCUGAGGGCGGAGAGGAGGACGAGGAGGACGAGGACAGCAGUGAGGAGGACCAGGAGCCACAGCACCCCUUGGUGACGCCUGGUGAGCAGUUUGCAGACUACCUGCCUAGGACUGAGCAGUAUUGGGUGAGGCUUGCCCGAGACGAUGCUGGGUCAGAAGCAAAGGAGAAGAGAGUGCUGAAGGUAGCCCAUGCCAUGGCAAAAGCUUUCUUUGAUGACUCAGCAUGAGCCGCCAGCCUGGACCAAAAGUUAAACUGAGUGAGGUUGUCUUCCCUCCCCGUCACUGGUGUGAUUUAAAAUAAACUGGACUUGGAACAAGGCUGCUGCAAAGGUUGUCUUCUGUGCGGCCCUGCAUGCACCAAGGUCCUGGUGGGGCCUGCCAGGGCAGGGCCAGGCUGAGGGUGGGCCACCCACACCGCAGGCUACACUUGAAUAUGGAGUGACCCCAGGAAGCAUGCUCUGAUACAGACUGGAACAUUUGUGCUCUGUGGGCGGGUUUCUCUUCUGCAGAGCUAGGGGAUGAACGUUCUGAUUGACUGCAUAUUAUCAACCUGGAGAUGUGCUUUUUAACUUAAUUGUCAGAAGUAGCCCUCAGACUGCCUGUAUGAGUUUUCUUGUUAUUUAUAAAAUAAAAUAGCUGUUGGCUGGG